AUGCCCAUGCUCAAGGAACCAUGGAAGAAAUAUCCAAAGUUCCAACCUCUUGAUCUGCCCAACCGCCAAUGGCCGUCCAAGACGAUCGACAAGGCGCCGCGAUGGCUCUCGACCGACCUCCGCGACGGCAACCAGAGCUUGGUCGACCCCAUGGACGGCGAGCAGAAAUGGCGAUACUUCCAGAUGCUCGUCAAGCUUGGCUACAAGGAGAUCGAGGUCUCGUUCCCCUCGGCCUCCGACACGGACUUUGAAUUCACGCGCCGCCUCGUCACCACGCCCGGCAUCGUGCCCGACGACGUCGCGCUCCAGGUCCUCUCACCAUGCCGCAAGGAGCUCAUCCGCCGGACCGUCGACUCGCUCAAGGGCGCCAAAAAGGCCAUCCUCCACUUGUACCUGGCCACCAGCCCGUGCUUCCAGCAGAUCGUCUUCAACAUGAACAACGACCAGUCCAAAGCCCUCGCCGUCGAGUGCACAAAAUACGCCCGCAGCAUCACAAAGGACGACCCCUCGCAGAAAGACACCGAGUGGUCCUACGAGUUCUCGCCCGAGACCUUCUCCGACUCGAGCCCCGACUUUGUCCUCGAAGUCUGCGAGGCCGUCAAGGCCGCCUGGGAGCCGAGCGAGGAGAAGCCAAUCAUCUUCAACCUGCCUGCCACGGUCGAAAUGUCGACCCCCAACGUCUAUGCCGACCAGAUCGAGUACUUCUGUCGCAACAUCUCAGAGCGCGAGAAGAUCUGUGUCUCGCUCCACCCACACAACGACAGAGGCUGCGCCGUCGCCGCUGCCGAGCUCGCUCAAAUGGCAGGCGCUGACCGUGUCGAGGGCACUCUGUUUGGCAAUGGUGAGAGAACCGGAAACGUCGACCUCGUGACACUUGCUUUGAACUUGUACACUCAAGGCGUCCCGCCCAACAUCGACUUCAGUGACAUCAACUCGGUCAUUGACGUUGUCGAGAAGAGCAACAAGAUCCCUGUCCACCCCAGAGCCCCCUACGGCGGUCAACUUGUCGUCUGUGCUUUCUCAGGCAGUCACCAAGACGCCAUCAAGAAGGGCUUCCGCCUGCGCGAACAAAACGGCAACAAUGACGACGAGCCCUGGAGGAUCCCAUACCUUCCUCUCGACCCUCAGGACAUUGGUCGUACCUACGAGGCAAUCAUCCGUGUCAACAGCCAGUCGGGCAAGGGUGGUGUUGCUUGGAUCAUCCAGCGUACACUCGAGCUCGACAUGCCUCGCGGCCUCCAAGUCGCCUUCAGCAAGAUUGUACAGAAGGAAACGGAUGCUCUGGGUCGCGAGCUACAACCCACCGAGAUCAAAAAUCUCUUUGUCAACGCCUAUCAUCUCGAGAAGAACCCGCGUUUCCAUCUCAUCGACUACGAUAUUACCACCGACCGCUCUGCACCCGCCGCUCCCACCGACGGAAAGACUGCUUCCAACAAGGACCUGAAGCGUCGCUUCGACGGUGUCAUCGAGGUCGACGGUAAGGAGCACCGUCUCCAGGGUGUUGGCAACGGUGCCGUUUCAUCUCUUGCCAAUGCUCUCAAGUCCCUCAAUAUCCAUCUCGACGUGGACGACUACAAGGAGCACGCUAUUGGUCGAGGUAGCGACGUCAAGGCCGCCACAUUCAUCGAGUGCUCCACUGGCUCAAACAAGGUCUGGGGUGUCGGUAUACACCAGGAUGUCGUACAAGCUACCCUCACUGCCCUCCUAUCCGCCGCUUCCUCGUUCUUGUCAAGCAGGCCUGGUACCCCGACUCCUUCUGCCGAGCCCAAGCUUGACUCGUAG